UUCCCAGUACUUGGUAUCGAAAUAUCGACGGGGAGCUUUACUUUAUUACACUUGAUUAUGACUACAUUCUGUACCGAUACUUUCAUCACGAAGCAUCUAAGUUUACUAUUUUCUGUCGGCUAAAGAACGGGACAAAGACGCGCUGCACUUUCUCCAAGUUUGGUCUUCCCCUUUAAAAGCAAUGCAGUCCUGGUGGCGAUCAUUGCACUAUGUCUGAUUCCCUGGAGACUACACGGAGCGGAGAAUGAAAUAGUACUUCAAACCGGGAUCAUGGCGGCUCCGCUCGGGCGGGACACUCUACCUGAUCACUGGUCUUACGGAGUCUGCAAGGACGGCAGAGUGUUUUUCAUAAAUGAUGAAACUCACAGCACUACUUGGCUCCAUCCCCGCACUGGUGAACCUGUCAACUCUGGGCAUAUGAUACGUUCAGAUUUGCCACGGGGAUGGGAAGAAGGAUUUACAGAAGAGGGGGCAAGCUACUUCAUAGACCAUAACCAGAGAACGACAGCAUUUCGGCACCCUGUAACGGGACAGAUAUCGCCUGAAAACAUCGACUUCGUCCUCCGAGAACAGCCGAACUCCUGCAUGUCCAAGCCACAUCCCGAGCAGAGGCCCUCCAGCAUGGUCAGUGAGUCCUCCACGGCCGUCACCUCGUCCACAGUCGACACUGCCUCAGGGUCAAAGGGCUCCCGAUCCAGCGGCAAAGUGCACAGCUUCGGCAAGAGGGACCACGCCAUCAAGAGGAACCUCAACGUGCCGGUGGUGGUACGGGGAUGGCUCUACAAACAGGACAGCUCUGGAAUGAGGCUGUGGAAACGCAAGUGGUUUGUGUUGUCUGAUUACUGCCUCUUUUAUUACAAAGACAGCCGGGAGGAGACGGUCCUGGGCAGCAUUCCUCUGCCCAGCUACGUCAUCUCUCCGGUCGAGCCCGAAGACCACAUCAGCCGCAAAUACGCCUUCAAGGCGACCCACACGGGCAUGCGCUCCUACAUUUACAAUAAGAACGCUGUGAUUGGCUCGCAGGCCGAGCACUGCGGGAUGAGGACGUACUUCUUCAGCGCUGACACGCAGGAGGACAUGAAUGGCUGGGUCCGUGCCAUGAACCAGGCCGCGCUCAUGCAGACGCACAGCCUGAAGAGAGAGUCAGAGAAGUCAGAGAAACCGGAGCGACAGGCAGUCCCACAGGCCAAUCACGUCAACAGCCUCAGCAGGAGCCCCGCCCAGCCCGAGAGGCAGCAGCGGGCGGAACGCGCGGUCGAGCAGCCACCUGCCGGCGAGAGGCGGGAGGAGACCCGUGAGCCCCAGGAGGUCGAGAGGCGCCACGGCGGACGCAGGGAUGCAGUGGAGGGCGGGGGCCGGGCCAGGCCGGCGGCCUGCGUGGCGGCGGUGGACACCCUCUCGCCCGACUCCGCUGGUUCGUCCCGCCCCUCCUCCACCCUGCCCAGCUCCGCCCACAGGAACGGGAACGGCCCGCCCCCUGAGCAGAAUGGCGGGGUGGUGUACAAGCGGGGCUUAGUCCCGCGCACUGACACGGAGAAGCAGGUGCAGAGGAAGACCGCGCUGGCCCAGGUCGAGCACUGGGUCAAGGUGCAGAAGGGGGAUGCCAAGAGCCUUCCCUCUGAGCACACGCUCCCCCGCCGGACCCCCCCGACACAGCACCGCGUCAGCGCGGUGGAGGCCUAUCAGACGUUGCCAAAGACCUCCCGGGUGUCGUCCGGCGGGAGCUCCCCACAGGUGCCCCGCAACCUGCCCAGCGACUACAAGUACGCCCAGGACCGGCUGAGUCACCUGCGCAUGUCGACGGGCGAGCGCACGGCCACCAAGGAGGGCACGGUAUGGCAGCUGUACGAGUGGCAGCAGAGGCAGCGCUUCCGCCACGGCAGCCCCACCGCGCCCAUCUACGCCCCCGUCCCCCUGGACUACACCGACUCCGCCCCCUACCGGGUCACCCUGGAGGUGCCCCGCUGCAUCUCCGUGCCGCCCUCGCCCGCCGACAUCCCCCCGCCUGGGCCGCCACCGAAGGCCCUGUCCCCAGGCAGGCCGCACACACCCGCCGAGCGGGUCACUGUGCGCCCGUCGGACGAGCGGACGGCCGUGGAAGUGCCCCCCUCUUCCAGCUCCCCCAGGCGACCGCGUUCCCAGCUCUCCAAGAAUGCCUGUGUGGAGAGGCGCUCGAUGCCGGCCAUGGGCUACAUCACCCACACCGUCAGCGCUCCAAGUUUGCAUGGGAAAACGCCGGAGGAGCUGACCCUGCUCCUCAUCCAGCUGCGCAGGGAGCAGGCCACCAUGGCCAGCGUGCGCAACGACGCACUCGCCCACCUGCGCCAGCUCUCCGGCCCCUCCCACCCCCGCCUCCAGGCCGAUGAUACUUACAUACAGCUGAAGAAGGACCUGGAGUAUCUAGACCUGAAGAUCAAAAGUAUUGAACCGUUGAUCCUCACGGUUCACUGUGUGUUACAAAACUCUCCUCAAGGUUUUGAGUCUGGUUUGAACGUCACCGGACAUGAAACUUUAAAAGACAGACCGGCGAAACCAGUCAAAAUAGCCGAAAGUGACGUUGACGUUAAAUUAAGCAGAUUGUGUGAACAAGACAAGAUUCUGCAAGAGCUGGAGGCCAGGAUGCGUACGCUAAAAGAAGAUAAGGACAAGCUGGAGUCGGUGCUGGACGUGGCCCACCAGCAGCUGGAGCAGUACCGGGACCAGCCAGCCCAUGCGGAGAAGAUCGCCUACCAGCAGAGGCUGCUGCAGGAGGAUGUGGUGCACAUCCGGGCCGAGAUGUCACAGGUCACCACGGAGAUGGAGAAUGCCUGGAACGAGUACGGAAAGCUGGAGAUGGACUUAGCCCAGCUGCGGGAAGCCCUACAGGAGCAGAUGGGGAGAAACACCCUCUCUCAGCAGGAGAAGGCUCAGAUGAAGAGAGAGCUGUGGAGGAUGGAGGAUGUGAUGGCAGGCCUCAGUUCCAGCAAGGCCAACUACAAAGUCAGCAUCGACUCUGUGCAGAACCCUGAGAGGAAACUCGUGCCUUCAGUGUCGUCCCCAGUGCCUUCUCAGCGCGUGAGUGCGGCCCACCUCAGCUCUGCGCAGCCAACCAAUGACAGCAAGCCUUCCCAGAGCGGCCCUGCCCAGCCGGCCUGGGCACACCAGGGCCCCGCCCUCCACGUGUCUGCGCCCAAGUGGGCAGAGGAAGACGUCCCCCCCAGACCCCCUCUGCCACAGCUCUACAGCCCCGACGAGCAGCCCCCCACCGUACCCCCUCUGCCGAAGGAGGCCUCGGUCAUCCGCCACACGUCCGUGCGGGGGCUGAAGCGGCAGUCCGACGAGAGGAAACGUGACAGGGAGAUCGGCCACUGCCCCAAUGGAGAAAACAAGGUGGAGUUACGGUCAUACCUGAGCGAGCCGGAGUUGUCGGGGGUGGGGAGUGGCUCUGGCCACGUGAUUAUGGGGUCCCUGGGGUCAGACGGAGGUUACCAGACCUUGCCCAGCAGAGGGCUGGCUGGCUCAACCUCAAGACUAAACCAGUCCACAAACAUUUCAUCGUAUGUCACUCUCAGACGCGGAGUCACAGCCACGGGCUUGAAGGAGAGACCAAAGAGUGCCUUGGAGCGCCUGUACUCGGUGGAUGCGGUGCAGAGGGGGAAGAUGAGCGCGGAGGAGCAACUGGAGCGCAUGAAGAGGCACCAGAAGGCGCUGGUGCGGGAGAGGAAGAGGACGCUGAGCCAGGGGGAGCGGCAGUCCUCUUCAUCCCGCGCCUCAUCCUCUCCCAGACCCCUGUCAGCUGACCUGGGCUCAUGGCGGCGAGAGCAGGAGUUUGAUUUGCAGCUUCUGGAGCGGGCAGUGCAGGGGGAGGAGCGACCCAUUGAGCACCAGGAGAUCCAGCGGCCGCGGUCAGACGAGUGGCUGACCGUCCACGCCACGCCCAUGAGAGAGCUGGACCUGGAGCCGCUGGACUAUAACCUGGAUCUGAGCCGUGAGCUGUCCAAGCCUGAGAAGGUGUCCAUCCCUGAGCGCUAUGUGGACCUGGAGCCACAGGAGCCUCUCAGCCAGUUGGAAAUGGAGGCGCGGCACCGCAAAGUGGAACGCAUUAAGAGCAUCCUCGCAAAGUCCAGUGUUCAGAACAUGCCGCCGCCGCUGGCCGUGGACAAGCUGGAAGUCACAGACAUGGACUCGGCCCUGCAGGAGCAAGAGCGCAUCAUCACCAUGUCCUACGCCCUGGCGUCCGAGGCCUCGCAGAAGAGCAAGCAGGUGGCAGCGCUGCAGCAGGUGUACGACCCCACCGCUCCCACUCCCGUCACACAGGCACCCCACCCCCCACUAAGCAAUGGAUUUCACUACACGUUUGUCUAAUAAGAGCAAACAAACGAGGGAAAGAGGGGGGAUUUACCUGUCAACUAGGUAUUAAGGUACACUCUUCUUUUUAUGUGUAUAUCUCUUUCCAGGGUUUUUGUGGUAUUUUCAUCUUUGUUUUAUUUCCCUUUGUGUAUCUCAUCUCUGUUGUGGCAUUGUGUUUUAUUGUCAUUGAGCGCUGUUUUUGUUUGGAUUGGGCCGAAUUGGGACCUUUUUGAACCUUGAUGCACACCUUGGGUUGUUCUCUGAGAAAGAAACUCAAUAGUUUACCUCACAGUUAUUAUUUAACAUGUUUACCUUAUUGGAGCAAUCAUUUAAGUCCUCUGUAAAAAAAAAAAAAAAAAGUCAAGUACCUGUAAAGGAACCCCUGGGAAAGUCUUUCUUUAGACAGAUAUCUACUAUAGCAAGUAACAGAAUAUGAAAUGCUAUGUAAUGACUACUACUUUUGUAUUGGGACUCUUCAUUAAGUAUCGUCUCUGUUCUUAACCAAACCUUCUUGUAUGCACAUUUGCAAGUCACUCUGGGUAAAAGUGUACGCUAAGUGACAAAGAAAAUGUAAUGUACCGGCAAUGUCAAUCAACCUUACAAGUUUGAUUGUGUAAUGCUUUUUUUACUUUAAACCAAACCCUUUCCCAUAAUUCCAUUUUCUCACAGAACAGCCCUCUGUGCCAUUUUAAUGCAAUAUGGUGCUCAGGCAUUAUGGAUUACUCCCAUUGUUUGCCUGCCAAUUCAUUACUUUCCUCGCUUGUCCAACUGGCUUAGAAACAUAAACAAUAAAACUCAAUCUGAGAGAAAGUGACAUGUUACCUAAUUAUGUGAUGGUUUCUGUUGCCUGGGACAAGAUGAACAUGGUGAGGUGUUUCUGUCUGCAACUCUUCACAACUCGAAGGUGUCGUCACAUGAUCAUUAUGAUGCACCAAGAUGGCAAAGUGGAAAUGGAGAAUCCCUUCCAGGCCUCCUGUGCUUCCUGUACCAUUUAACCUUAUGGAUCAUAAAGUCUGUAACCAGACCCCUGUCUGUGGUGCCUCAUUUUGUCACUUAAGUUUCAUAUUCUCAUGUUUGUACUAACCUUAUAUUUUGUCUGAAGGGAGAAAACUGAUUCUUUGCUGUUGUAACGAGUCUCAUGCGAUUGAGCAUGAUUUAUAAUGGUAAAGUGAAAUUAAAUCAGUUUCCUCCCUUAACAGUGUGGAGCAUAGUGCCCAGACCACUACUUAAUCCCUGUCCAAUGCUGAAAUACUACAGACAUGAGGUCAGCUUCUCCAAUGCUGAUUGUUUGAACUCUGACCCCUGUUUCCUGUGGUAUU